AUGGAUGUGAAAAAGCAUACGUGUGACACGCCAUCUGCUCGGAAUGACAUUGCCAAAUAUUGUAAACGUCCCCAGCUUCAUCUUCAAGAGGAUGAUAGAGGAAAAGAGGUCAUGCCAAAGGCUCCAUUCGCUCUUGACAAGGCUCAGAGAAAAGUUUUGUGUGAGUGGGUUAAGCAGUUGCGGUUCCCUAAUGGUUACGCCUCCAAUUUGAGCAGAUGCGUAGAUUUGCAAGCGUGUAAGUUCCAUGGAAUGAAAAGCCAUGACUGUCACGUGUUCAUGGAGAGGAUGUUGCCCACAGCUUUGAGGGAAUUGCUCCCCGGCCAUAUUUGGAAUGCAAUUACAGAGAUCAGUCAAUUCUUCCGCAACUUGUGUUGCUAUACAACAUCAGUUAGUGACAUGGAGCAAUUGGAGAAAAACAUACCUGAGAUCCUCUGCAAGCUUGAGAAGAUCUUCCCUCCUGCAUUCUUUAACUCCAUGGAGCAUUUGCCAAUACAUUUGUCGUACGAGGGGAAGUUAUGUGGUCCUGUACAAUACAGAUGGAUUUAUCCCUUCGAAAGGUUCCUCAAUCAUUUGAAACGGAAAAUUGGGAACAAGGCUCGAGUUGAAGGGUCCAUAUGCAAUGCUUAUCUCACUAAAGAGAUAGCAAACUUCUGCUCCAAUUACUUUCAGUCGACAGUUGACACUAAAACUCGAGAUCUUGGUCGAAAUGUGAAUGCCGACGUUGAGAUUACAUUGGACGACGCUGAAAUAUUAGAGUUGUUCAAAGAGGACAGUGGUCGUGUGUCAAAUGAGGGUAGAACUCGGUUGUUAGAUGACAAAGAACUCGAGUGUGCACAUUUGUUCGUGUUACGAAACACCGGUAUUCUUGGCGAAUACGAAAGGAAGUUUGAGGACUACAUUCUUAGUACUCGACCUUUCCUGCGUAGAGAAGAAGUCAUGGAGAACUUCGAAGCUGAAUUUUCUAAUUGGUUUCAUCACAAGGUGGUCGAAGAGAAGCCAAAUUCGAAUGUCCUGCGAGCGUUGUGCAUGCGUCCCUUCAGGCGAGUUCGUACUUGGGGCCAGAUUUUUGUAGGUGGAUUUAAUUUCCAUACACAUGCCCAUGGCAAGCACAAAUUCACCAUGAAUUAUGGUGUGUGUGUAUCAAGUGAGGAUGGCGGAGAGUACUUUGGCAAUUUAGACGACAUAAUUGAACUUGUCUACACGGGACCCAAGAGACAGUACAAGACAAUUUUGUUUAAGUGCAAUUGGAUGGAUUGUGGCAGGGGAAUGAACAUACACGAACAAUACAGGCUAAUCGAAGUAAAUCAUACUAAGAAAUACCCCAAAUAUGAUCCAUUUGUCUUAUCUUACCAAGUGGCUCAAAUGUACUACGCAUCAUACCCUAGCCUGAAACAGGACCGUGUUCAAUGGUGGUCUGUGUUUAAAACACAAGCACGGUCAGUGGUUGAUGCUCCGGUGGACUUAGAGUUUCUGCAAUCACCAUCCCCAACAGUACAUGCAACGAUUUGCCCACCGAAUGACAUUCCGGACUACGCCAGGGAUGAUGAUGAUGAAGACGAUGACGAUGACUUUGUGAUCUCAAGCGAUGAAUAUGAUGAAUCUAGUAUCGGCUCUAGUGAUAGUGACGAUGAUGAUGACAUCGAUGUAGUAUUAGAUGAUAGUAGUGAUGACUCUAGUAGUUAA